AUGUCCGUUUCCGCUUCGUUGCUCAAAGACCCGAGUCUCUUUGUGGUCGACAAGACGUACAUUGCCGGGCAAUGGGUGUCGGCCAAAUCGGGCGAGACGUUCGAGGUCAAGAGCCCGGCAACCGACGCGGUCAUUGGGGCUGUUCCGGAAUCAGGAUUCGACGACCUGAACGAUGCCAUUGGAGCCGCGGCCGACGCGUUCGAGGGCUGGAAGCGUCUGUCGGGCCGGCAGCGCGGGCGGAUUCUACGCAGGGUGUUUGAGCUUCUGGUGGAAAACCAGGAGGACCUCAGUACCAUCAUCACCCUGGAGAACGGCAAGGCCAAGGCCGAUGCCACCGGAGAAGUCGUGUUGUCGGCGAACUUUUUCGAAUGGUACGCAGAGGAAGCGGCCAGGAUCUACGGAGACGUGAUCCCGAACAGUACGCCGAACUCUCGAACCCGAGUCGUCAAGGAGCCCAUUGGCGUCUGCGGUCUCAUUACGCCGUGGAAUUUCCCUCUGGCCAUGGGCGUGCGCAAGAUCGCCGCCGCGUUGGCGGCGGGCUGCACGAUAGUACUCAAGUCGGACGGGUUGACGCCGUUCUCAUCCAGCGCUCUGGCCGUCCUCGGCGAGCGUGCUGGGAUCCCCAAGGGCGUGUUGAACAUCGUGACAGCGGCUCGGAACACCCCUCAGCUCGGCCUCGCUCUUUGCGAGUCGAACACCGUCAAGAAAAUCUCGUUUACCGGUUCGACAAGGGUCGGCAAGCUGCUCUAUCAACAAUCUGCACGUACCCUGAAGAAGCUCAGUCUGGAGCUCGGCGGGAACGCGGCGUUUAUUGUCUUUGAUGAUGCCGAUCUCGAAGUUGCCAUCUCGAGCCUGCUCGUUGCCAAGUUCAAGGUCACCGGGCAGACGUGCGUGUGUGCGAAUCGAAUCUUUGUCCAGCAAGGCAUCUAUGACAAAUUCAGCCAGAAACUGGUCGAGGAAGUCAAGAAGUUCCGAGUGGGAGAUGCGCUGGCAGUCGCCGAUGGGUCCAUCACUCACGGGCCGCUUACCAACGGCACGGAGAAGGUCGAAUCGCACAUCAAGGACGCCGUUGACAAGAACGCCAAAGUCCUGCUGGGCGGUAACGGACUUCCGCAUUUGGGCCGGAACUUCCACGAGCUCACCGUUCUCGGCGACGUCGACGAUACCAUGCAGGUCACCAAGGAAGAAACCUUCGGGCCGGUCGCCGCGCUGCUGAAGUUCUCGUCCGAGGACGAAGUCAUCAAAAGGGCCAACAACUCGGACGUCGGUUUGGCGUCGUAUGUCAUGACCACUGACCUUGCAAGGUCGUACCGCGUGAGCGAGAGGCUUGAGACUGGCAUGGUGGCCAUCAAUACGGGGGUGGUCUCGGACGCACCGGUGCCCUUCGGCGGCGUGAAACACUCCGGAUUCGGCCGGGAAGGCAGUAAAUACGGGCUGGACGACUAUCUGACCCUCAAGAUGGUCGUCACUGGGGGUUUAUGA